UUCCUAUCUAUCCACAAUCUUUGUAAAACCCAGUGAGUAAGUGCAGUGAUCUCACGAUCUUUAAUCCGAUCAAAAUGAGUUUUGAAGGACAUAAAAAGGCCUACCAGGCAAUGGAACUUUACUGUAAGGAAGUGGCCGUGAAUGAUCCCCUUGCAAGCAGCAUUGAGCAGACCCCUAAUGGAGAAUUUAAGCUUGCUUUUUAUGUGCACGAAUCGUUUUACGGUGGGUUAAUUGGCUCCAAGGGUUCCACUAAACACUCCAUCCAGGAAAAUACCAAAACACAAAUCUAUUUUCCGCGUUCAAACGAGGAACCCAACGAAGUGAUUAUCAGGGCCAAGCAUCGCAAUCAGGUGUGUGAUGCCCUGGGAUGCAUUCGGUUUCGAAUGAUAUCCAUGCGAAGAAAGAUGAGCCGCACACAUAUUUUGGCCGUGGCCCUAAACUUUGGAGAAGUCCAGGAGCGAUAUGUGGAACUUAAGAAAUGUAUUUUAGAGGCCCAGUUGCCAGGAAUCCAUGAGGGGCUGUUCAUAUCGAAAUAUUGCCUACACUAUACUAUAGGGGUUUUUGUGCUCUUGGAUGAGAAAGAACGCCAAAAGGCUCUAAAAGUGCUGGAUUCCUGUCGUUCCCAGUUAGCUGACCUAAAAACUCCUUUCGAAAUGAAAGUCAAAGGCCUGGUUACAAACGACAAUCCCAGCUUAACUCGUGUUUUGCACGGCUGCAUCGAGUCUCCGGACCUGAAGAAGUUUGCUGAUCGAUGUAAUGCUCUCUACGAGAACGCUGGAUUAUCACUCUUGGGAACAUGCAAUAUGCGCAUGAAGAUAAUGAACAUCCGAUUUCGGGAGGAGGCAACAAACAAGGAUACCUUUGACGCCAGCGAGAUCGUAGAACGCUUUGGGAACUUCGACUUUGGUACAGCAAUAUGCCAGGAAGUGCACCUGUGCGAAUUGGGAUCUCGCGGAGAGGACAAGUUCUACAAUAUAUGCCGAAGCCUACAGAUUUAA